AUGCGUCUCAACAUCGUCAGCCUCCUCCUGGCCGGAGUCACUGCCACCUCGGCCGCCACUACUACUGCUGCCGCAGGCGCAGCCUCAACCUGCGUGCCCUCAUCUUCUGAUACUACGGUCCUUCAAUUCGCCCUGGGAGUCUCCAACUUCAUCGGCGGCUGGUACAACUCCACCGUGAACAGCACCUUCGGCAACACCAACAACGCCACCCUCCUAGCGUACCAGAAGAUCCUCUUCGGCCUGGAGAAGGACAACACGCUAUCCAGCGCUGCCAUUGAGAAAGUCGGCGCCAAAGCCCCCGGCUUCACCGCGCCCCAGUGCACCUACACGUUCCCCGAGGUGAACACCACCCAGACCUGGGCACAGUGGGCUUACCGCUUCGAGGACACCGUCACUGGUGCCUUCAUCGGUCUUGCCGGCUAUUCCGAUUCCCCCGAGGUCUCCUUCCUCCUGGCUCGUCUGGCUGCCGAGCACAGCGCGCACUCUGCUUUGAUUGGCAGCCGCGUGAACUCUACCUACUUUGCCCAGAAUACUACUUCGCUGGUGGCGGCUUACGGCCCGGCUCAGAUCUUGUCCACUCGCAACCAGACUGGUAGCCUUGGCCAGUAUCUGGGUGGAUGUCUUACUGCCCCGACUAGCCCUUGUGGCACGCUCAGAAUCGGACCCUUGGAUGCUACUCCCUCUCCCUCGUCUUCUGGUGUGGCGAGCACUAGCUUGGCUGCUGCCAAGAAGGCCUAG